AUGACUUCUCAAGUCAAGCUCUUCCUCGCCUCAUGUCUCUUUCUGCUUAACACUCUGCUUAUUGUUCAAGGCUAUGAGUUCACUGUUGGCCCUAAAGCCGAUGUUCCCAUUGUGAAGUUCGAAGCCACAUUGACAGUUCCACCAUUCUCGAAAGACGGCAGACAUAUUUUCGUAGCAGGUCUCACCAACCAAGCUAAGAACUAUGCCUAUGAAAACCGUCUCGGCGAUCAUAACCCCGGAAAAUGGGAAGUGGACUUGAUACAUGAUCAUGGUGGAAUUUCCACAGAAAACAAUAUCUUACCAGGAGAUAAAAUCCAUACCCUUCUCGAGUAUAACCAAGCAGAUCAGUUCACCACCAAUAAUUUCACUAUUAUUCCUGGUCCCGAUAGUAUCAAGGCUGGAUUGAAAACAAGAUUUACGACGCAAGCAGCAAAUAUCCGUGAGUGGAAUUGCAAGUACUUUCUAUAUGCUAGCAGUGUUGACUUGGAUACAGAACAAGAAGUUCCUACUGCGGGUAAAUUGAAUGUGGCCAGACUCUACGUUGCCUUUAGUAAGGGUGGUGUUUGGGACUUUGGACCAAUUAUCUGGGAAGAUGUCACCAUCACGUCUCAGACAACAGAUCCAUGGUAG